AUGCCUCAUCGAUUUUCUAAAUUGGAGAAGCUUGGGCUGGCUCUCCGUCUAACAUGCAUAGCACCCUGGCAGAUAUUUGCUUCCGUAUUACGCUCCCUAUUGAUUGCCUGGACUAGAGGCAUCCCGGCACGUUUGUUUCUUGUUUGUGCAGUCAUUAAGGUAGUUCUAGAAACUUUCUCUCCCCGGCAGAUUCAAUACUUGUCUCUUUCGACUAAAGAGGCAUACAAGUCAUGGAUACGGCGAAGAAUCGCCAAGGCCAAGAAACUAGGAGACCCAACGGAUGCCCCAAGACUUCGCUAUGACUGGCAGCCUCUAGAUGACGGGCAUUCGUCGCUACUUUGGAUUGGUAAUCGGCGUGAAGCAAAGAAGGUCGUUCUGUUUCUUCACGGUGGAGGUUACAUUUGCCCGCUCCUGCCUGGCCAUUUAGAAUGGUGUUGGCGGGCGUAUGUUGCUGCUGGCAUUGAGAUGAAAACCGAAGUCGCGGUGGCAGUGCUCGAAUACACACUCUGUCCUGAGGCAAGAUACCCGGUACAACUCCGCCAGGCUGCGAGCGCCCUGGCCUAUCUUUUAUCUCAAAAAUUUCGACCUCAAGAUAUUGUUAUUGGAGGGGACUCUGCGGGAGCAAAUCUGACAGCACAAUUGCUAUGUCAUCUGAUUGAGCCCCAUCCCACAGUCCGAGAAGUUAUAUUGUCCGAGCCAUUGCUAGGGGCAUUCCUUGUUUCACCAUGGGUCACGCGCUGCACCAACGAUGCUUCAUUCACGGAAAAUACUUGGAUUGAUAUGCUUUCAAACCCUACUGUAAACAAAUCCACGAGGGAGUUGCUGGGGCCUGGUAUCGACGACACGCACCGCACGUCAGCCAGUCUCGCAUUUCCUCUUGAUAGGGAUAAGUCUUGCCUAGAAGGCAUGACAUCUAUCCUGAAGCGAAUUUACGUCAGUGUGGGAGCCCAUGAGGUCUUGAGAGACCAGGGCAUUGCCCUUGUGCGUGAGAUCCGUUAUUUGAAUCCCAAGCUGAAUGUGCAUUUCGAUAUGCAGACCAGGCAAGCACAUGACUUCAUCUUACUUGAGGGUCAGGAAGAACGAGAUGGAGAGUGCAUACAGCGUAUGAAGGGGUGGACGAAAGAUUUGCUAGCUAUGAGAAUUCAACAAGGGCCGGAGUGA